AUGGAAGCGAUCCGGUCGUUCUUCGGCGGCUCGUCCGCGGGGACCGGCGGCGGGGACUCGGACGGCCCCCCGGACGCGAAGCGCGCGAGAAGGGACGAAGAAGAGGCGUCGAUCGGGGGAUCCGACUCUGACUCCGACGCGGACGGCGGCGGCGGCGGCGGCGACGACGACGACGAUGGCGGCGGCGGCGGCGGCGGCGGCGGCGCGAACCCGGGCGCGGACGGCGCGCGCGGGAACGCGAACAACCCGGGCGGCGCGAGGGACACGCUCGGGCAGUACGCGCAGCGCGAGAUCCACCUCCGGAAGCAGGAGGACGACGGCGAGCUCGUGUACAAGGUGAUCAAGAACGACGGGAAGGAGCAGCACUCGGAGUGGCUCGUGCACUUGAAGAACAUCUUCAGCAAGCAGCUGCCGAACAUGCCGAAGGAGUACAUCGUUCGGUUGGUGUUCGACCCGAGGCAUCACUCGAUGAUCUGCCUGAAAAACGACGCGGUCAUCGGCGGGAUCACGUACCGGCCGUUCUGGCGACAGAACGUCGGCGAGAUCGCGUUCUGCGCGGUGAGCGCGAACGAGCAAGUCAAGGGGUACGGCACUCGGCUCAUGAACCACCUGAAGGAGUACGUCUGCGACAAGGAGUCGAUGACGCACCUCAUCACGUUCGCGGAUAACAACGCCGUCGGGUAUUUCCAAAAGCAAGGGUUCACGAAAGACGUCAUGAUGGAACGCGAGAAGUGGGUCGGAUACAUCAAAGAGUACGACGGCGGGACGAUCAUGGAGUGCUCCCUCAGCGCGCAGGUUUCGUACACGGAGUUCCCGAUCAUGAUCCGUCAGCAGAGAAAAUGCGUGGACGAGGUGGUGAAGACGAUGUCAAACGCGCACGUCGUGUACCCGGGGUUGAAACAGUUCGAACAACCCCCGGGGCCGGGCGGCGUGUACAAGCCCAUACCGGUGGAUCGGAUCAAGGGCGUGAAAGAGGCGGGGUGGACGCCCCCGGGGCCGCCGAAGUACCGGCUGGUGCACCCCGGGUGCGGCGACGGCGCGCCGACGCCGGAGAAUCUGAAUCGAUUCAUGCGCGCGCUCGUGAAUUUGGUGCAAAAUCACAUCGACGUGUGGCCGUUCUUGGAGCCGGUGAACGCGGAGGAGGUGCCGGACUACUACGACGUCGUGAAGGACCCGAUAUGCAUGGAGACGAUCAAAGAUCGCGUCGAGAACGGGGAGUAUUACGUCACCUUAGAGAUGUUCGCCGCGGACUUCAGGGUGAUGUUCAAUAAUUGCCGUCUCUAUAACGCCCCGGACACGAUGUUUUACAAGUGCGCGACGCGGCUGGAGGCUUUCUUCGAGAGUAAGGUCGCCGCGGGGAUCACGUGGAAGGCGAGUCGGGGGUCGGUGUCGGGGUACUUGAACCGCGAUUAGGAGUGUAGUUUUUAAUCAACGUCUUCGACGCGUGGUCGCGUCUCUCGUGUUCG